CGCGGCAAACAUGCUUUUGCGCAUCCUCCAUCACAGCUCAGUGCACCGCGCCUUCAUGUCCACUACCGCUGCUUUGCCCGUCCCCCCGAAGGCUGCGAUCUGCGUGAUUGGCAAUGAAGUGCUCAGUGGAAAGACGCUUGACACAAACAGCAACUACCUGUCCAAGUUUCUCUUUGGUCGCGGGGUCGACGUAGUCCGCAUUUCUGUCAUCCCAGACGAAGAAGAUGUUAUCGUGGACACUGUGCGUUCGUUUUCCAACCUCGUCGGCCCCAACGGCUACGUGUUCACCACAGGUGGAAUUGGGCCGACGCACGACGACAUCACCUAUGAUAGCAUUGCAAAAGCGUUCGACGUUCCCCUCGAAUUGCAUGAGCCCACGAAGGAGGCACUGCGUCAGUAUCUCGAAGGAGAGCACCGCGGCGACGAUCUGAACUCGGACCGCCUUCGAAUGGUCACGUUUCCACAGGGCUGCGAAGUUUUGACGACGUCAACGUGGGUCCCGAUUGUGAAGAUGCGCAACGUGUACGUGUUGCCAGGCAUUCCUCGGCUCAUGAAGCAGAUGGUCGAGUCCAAUGUCGACCAUUUCAAGGGCAUUCCAAUUCACCAAGCUAUUGUACGCCACCCGGGCUCACCGCCAUCGUCUUCUUACCACGUGUGCGAUAGGCACGCACGAAGAAGCUCGAAGGGUCCAUUGCCGCCCCGCUGAAAGCUGUUGCGAAGCAGUUUCCAUCCGUCAUGAUUGGAAGCUAUGUCAACCUCAAAGGUGCAGUGACCGUUCCCCGUGCGUGGCUCAUGCGGUAGUGGUAGAGGAAGCCGUGGCCUUUGAAAAUCGAUCGUACAACGUCCAAGUCACGCUUUACAGCCGCGUCGGCAACGACAUCCGCGCCGCUCUGCCCGCCGCCGUCGCCGCCAUUGAAGGGUGGGUGCAUGAAGAUGCCACCGUCGCGUAGCGAAGCGUGGCGGCGUUUCAGGAUUUGGAAGUCGAAGAUCUUUACGCUUGUAAUUUGUAUGAAAAACCGAAGUUUCCAACUUCGAUGGUUUCGAAGCUUACGUAGUACAUGUUUUCUG